GUUCAUGGCACGGCGGAGCUCCCAGCGCCAGGGGAAGGGCACGAACCAUCCCGCGGAUCUGCGCCUCGCACGUGCACCGGGGAGUACCAGGUGGCUUACCGAUCAUUUCGGCUUAGUUUUUCACGUGCACAGGCAUGGGCGCGGUCAACGGGAGGCUUGAUUCCAAGAUCCGCAACUGUUUCUCCACGGUGGCAGCGCGUGGAGUUGAUUGGAUAAUGGCCACCUGCUUGAACGCGGAUGCCGAGGCGCUGGGCCACGACCAGAUGCAUGCGUUCCAGGGCAGCCUGUUGCAGCCGCUAUGCUGGACGACGACGGGGUCCACAAGAAUCGACUGCUCCGCGUGUUCCGCGAAUCUGGCCUGCCGCUUCCAGCACCUGCAGGCCGACGAGAUUGCAUCCCUCACGCCUCAUCUGCCUGCGGUUCUUGCCCUGUUUGGGCAGGAUUUCGAGGUUUGGCUUUCGGGGGCAACAUUAGGUAGGGACCAGCCCAGGAGGCGCGAAACAUCGACCUGGA